ACCGCUUCACCCACUCGCUCCGCAUACUUGCUCUGUCGUGCUCACCUGCGCUGUUCACACAUCCACUAUGCCACCGAAAGGGUCAGGAAAGCGGAAGAACACUGUAUAUAGCGAUGAUUCGCCAACCCCGCCUGUACCUACUCUAGCAGAGCAGUUGUCCUACCUCCAUAACCCUCGGCCGUUCAAAAACCCGCAUUACACUAAGAACGUCAACCGCAGGACGAAGAACUUGAAAGCUGUUCUCACGCAGGAGCGAGAACGAGAGAAGAACGAGCGGGAGAAGAGGAGACAGGAGAGGGAGGAGAACAUGGACGUAGACGGUCAACCGGCGGAAGAUACUUCGCUGGAAGAGGACCUUCCGACCUACGCGUCAAUUGAGGCCCCUCCGUCCGUCCUUCCUCAGCGGCGGUACUGUGAUAUCACCGGGCUUGAGGGUCCAUACACCGACCCUGCUACGAGUCUGCGAUAUCACGACAAGAGCAUUUAUGAUCUCAUCAAGGGUCUAAGUACCACGGCUGCGAAGGAGUAUCUCUCUGCGCGUGGCGUCAACCCGAUCGUGAAAUAGGCGGCAACCGCAUACCCCAUGUACCCUUUCCACUUGUUGUCGUUAGUUUUGUGCACUUCUCCG